AUCCCCGCGGCUGACGUGAAGGUGGAGGUGCUGCAGAAGCCGUUCCUCUGCCACAGGAGGACCAAGUGGGGGGACAUGAUGCUGGUUCACUACGAGGGCUACUUGGAGAGGGACGGCUCCAUGUUUCACUCCACUCACAAGCAUAACAAUGGUCAACCUAUGUGGUUUACACUUGGCAUAAGGGAAGCUAUCAAAGGAUGGGACAAAGGUUUGAAGGACAUGUGUGUGGGAGAGAAGCGGAAGCUAACUAUUCCACCAGCCCUUGCUUAUGGAAAAGAAGGGAAAGGAAAAAUUCCACCUGAGAGCACGCUGAUUUUCAACAUUGACCUUCUGGAAAUUAGGAAUGGACCAAGGUCUCAUGAGUCAUUCCAAGAGAUGGAUCUUAACGAUGACUGGAAACUGUCCAAGCAAGAGGUGAAAAUUUACUUGAAGAAAGAAUUUGAAAAGCAUGGAGCAGUGGUAAAUGACACCCAGCAUGAUGCUUUGGUUGAAGAUAUAUUUGACAAAGAAGAUGAAGACAGUGAUGGGUUUAUAUCUGCAAGGGAAUUUACAUACAAGCAUGAUGAGCUGUAGAAAAGGGUGGCAUAAUUUUUUUGACACAAAUGGCAGUGACUUAGACUGUCUGGUUCUCUUGUCAUCUUAAUUCUGUGUUUUGGAGUUGACAGCUGCUGUUGGCAAAGAAACACUCUUUGUUUAUAUAAAAGAGAAUUUCUGUUCAUUAUGUACAAAUGUUUUAAACUAUUUUAAAGUAUGAAAAUGUACCUCCUUUUAUGCAGCAAAGACUUGCACAUCAGUGUUUUUUUAAAUUUUGUAUUAACUUAUUUUUCAGAAAUGAAA